UCCUUGUAAGUUGCCUUUGAAGCAUGAUAUGAUCAAUGCCAAUGUAACAAAGUGGGAGAAUUGCAAAGAAAUGAAUAAAUAGACGAGUUUAAUAGCGGGUUUUAUAUUGCUAGAUAUAUCAUUGUCAGUAACCAAGUGUUCUAAAGAACAUCUUUAUCUUUCCUAUAAAAUUUGAUUCAAACAAACUCAACAUGCCGUCCUAUAAGCUGACUUAUUUUCCCGUUAAGGCAUUGGGUGAGCCAAUUCGCUUUUUAUUUACCUAUGGUGGUACCGAAUUCAUCGAUAAUCGUUUCAACGAAGAGGAUUGGCCGAAAAUUAAGCCGACUACGCCGUUUGGUCAAGUACCCAUGCUCGAAGUAGAUGGAAAGAAGGUUGCUCAAUCUACAGCUAUUUCUCGUUAUUUGGCAAAACAAUACGGUCUUGCCGGCAAGGAUGAUUGGGAGGCUCUAGAAAUUGAUUCUACAGUCGACACUAUACAUGAUUUACGCGCCAACAUUGCGGCUUAUCAGUAUGAAAAUAAUGAAACUGCUAAAGAGGAAAAACUCAAACGCGCCAAGGAGAUAGUGCCGUACUAUCUGGAACGUUUAGAUGCUCAGGUAGGGAAGAACGGUGGUUAUUUCGUUGGCGGUGCUCUAAGUUGGGCCGAUUUCGUUUUUGUUGGUGUGCUGGAUUAUCUAAACUAUAUGAUGAAGGAAAAUAUAAUCGAAAAAUAUGAUAAUCUGAAACAGCUGAAGCAAAAGGUCGAAGAGAUACCAGCCAUCAAAAGCUGGAUUGAGAAGCGUCCGCCGAGCGAUUUAUCAGAUGCUCAGUCGUUCUCGAUUCGUGAAGAGCUCCGUAUCGACUACCAGAUUCUCGGUUAUUCCAAGAAAUUACAGAUUAUUAGCAAGAACAUGUCAACAUACAAGCUGACGUACUUCAAUGUCACCGGCCUUGGGGAACCAAUUAGAUACUUGUUAAGUCAAAGUGGUAUCAAGUUCGAGGAUGUUAGAGUCGAAUUUGACGACUGGCCAAAGUUAAAAUCUAAUAUGCCCAUGGGACAAAUGCCGGUCCUGGAGCUCGACGGUAAACUGUAUCAUCAAUCCAAGGCCAUUUCCCGCUUCAUCGCUAAGAAGGGCAAUUUGUAUGGUUCCAACGAGCUCGAGGCCAUGGAGAUUGAUGCUACAGUCGACUCUAUCGAUGAUCUAAGACAAGCUCUAUCCACCUACUACUGGGAAAAAGAUCCCGCUUUGAAGGAGAAACUUAAAGGGAUCGCCUUCGAAAAACUGCCCUUCUAUCUCGACAAGUUCGAGGCUCAAGUUAAAAAGAAUGGUGGAUACUUCGUUAACGGCAAGCUAUCAUGGGCAGAUAUCCUGUGGACUGCAUAUUGUGAUUAUCUAAGCUUUGUUUUAGCCGGAGAUCCAAAUAAAGAUCAUCCGGAAUUGAAGAAACUGGUGGAGAAAGUUCGCGCACUUCCCAACAUUAAAGCAUAUAUUGAAAAGCGACCCAAGACACAAUUAUAAAUAAAACAAUUUCUAUUUUUAUACUUUUUUGCCGGUUGCAAAUGUUAUGUUUAAUUGCUAACUCUUUUAGCGCAUUUGAUAAAAAAAAAUAAUAUAUUAAUAUUACGAAUAGCUUUAGUCUUUAAUACAAAUAUAAAAAAAGUUAAAUCUUCUUUAUCAAAUAGAAAUACUUUAAUUUACAUUCCGUCAAAAUCUUUAUAAACUUUUUUUGGAAGAUAUUUCCUUAUCAUUGUUUCUUCAGGACAGUAGAAAUAUAUCUUUCUAAAAUAAUCGGUAACAAUAUUCAUACAACUGUUAACAUAUUGAAACAGAUAAUCAUUGCAUUUCUCUUUAGCAAAUUAUAUAUAUUGUACCAUUAGAAUUUACGCAAACGUUAAAGAUUUAGCAUUUAUAAACCUAUUAUUGUCAAUCAAAUGAAACUAAAUUUGUCAUAAUUAUGAUGUGAUAUGGAUAAAAAUAGAUAUUGAAGUUUAUUCGAA